GCCAGAGGCUGAGCAUCGGCUCUGGAUUUCUAUAAUAGUCCACGGAUGUGAUCAAAGCUAGACUACGCCAAAAUAUGGAGGUCACCGGCAACAGAUGAACCAUCUCAGAGUCUCAGGAACAUCAGAAGAUCUGGCUCUCUACCACCAAAGCAGGAGAUCAACAGAUCUUGACUGAUGGCAAAGUCUCCACGGGAUAUCCGUUCUGUGCAGUUGCUUCCUGGAGACCGAGGAAAGGCCAUUUCUGCUUCCAAGGAGCACAGCAUGCUGUCUCUGUAAGACACCAACUCUGGCCCUGGAUUUCAGCACAAUACAGAAGUGUCUUGCAUGGUAAUGUGGUUAUGCUCACUGUGAGGGGAGGCAGAAGCAAAUCAUGACAAAAAGGAUAAUUUUUUUUGUAGAACUUUAUAAGGGAAAACCCCAACAUUGUAACAGGAACAUAAAUAAUAUAGAACAUUACCAAGUACUUACUACUUAUAAGAAUAAACUACAGGUUACCAACACCUUAACCUUUGCAGUCUUGUACAUGCUGCUCUUCCUUACUCCCUGCAGUUAAUACCAAAUGCAUUAUUAACAAUUAGAACAAAAGAGAUUGCUCAGCAAUAAACAGUGUCACUUCAGAGAUGUAUCAACUUUUCCUCUUCCUAGCCUAAGUUCAGCUCCACUCUUGCUCUCCUGUUGCUUCUCUUCAGCUUGACGUGCUCCUUAGAUUCAAUGCUCCUGUGGCUCUUUUCACUGAGUUUGGGGUUACAGUGAGCGGAAACCUUCCUCACCAUAGUAUCUGCUGCCUUGCAGGAAAACACCUUUCCUUCCUGCUCCCCCCCCGGCCGCAUCCUCUUCCCCGCCCUCAGUCAUGUGGGAACGAGGCAGAGCCCAGCGUGGAUGUACCAUGCAGCCCAGAGGGCAGUUUGCUCCCUUCAGAAAGCCCUGAUUAAAUGCCUGCAGGAAGAUUGUGCAAGCCACGUGCUGCCUUUUCAGGCUUGCAAGCUGUGGAGACACUAGGGGGCUAGCGGGACCUGGGACGCUUCCCGUAGCGUGCAGCGGGAGGGGGAUACUUCUGCACUUGCAUCUCCUGCGGUUGAACCAUGGUUGAUUCUCUCACGUUUGGACAGCAGGAUGUGGUCGCUGGGGAAUUAGGCUGCAACUGUAACCCCCCAAAAGGCAAAGCUGCAGACAUGAGAAAAAGCAGAUGGGACUCUCCCCAGAGUUUGUGAGGACUCGUGCAGUCUCUCCUAGUCCUCCAUCCAGCCCUGCUUUGGAUAUAGUUGAACCUUUAACGACAGGAAAACAGCUGUGUUCUCCAAGGAUGAAAUUCUCUGCUCACAUCCCGGCUCUGAUCUGCUCUUAGGACAUGCACCUAUCAGAGCUAGAGAGCAGGCUAGCAGAGUUGAGCUGCAGCGUGUAGAUCCAAAAAGAGGAUUUUGCUUUCGAUGCAAACGUGUUAGGCAAUAAUAUGCUGCAAUAACACUCUUGCAAGCAAAAGAGGUUGGGACCAUGACUGUGGAAGACAAUUUGCACCUUCCUCUCCCUUUAUAUACUGCGAUCUGAUGCUCAGCGUUAUAAACUCUUCUCUUGGGGUCCCAUGCUGCAGCACAGCUGAGAUACUGGGUAGCAGAACAUAAGGCACUGGGUCACAGUGGCUCUAAAAGUCCUGUUGGUGGUGCUGCCCCGCUAAGGCAGGCUAAUUCCUACCUGUUCUAACACUGUGCUGCAGCCCAGAAGUGGCCAGCAGCAGAUCUAGCUCCCGGGGGGGCACAGGGCUCUGAGCGCUGCCCCCGCCCUGAGCACCAGUUCCAGGCGCCUCUGCCUAGAAGCUGGGCUUGCUGCUGGCCGCUUCUGGGGCACAGCGUGGUCUGUGGUGCCAGGACAGGCAGGAAGACUGCCUUAACACCCCCGCUGCACCGCUGACCGGGAGCCGCCCGAGUAUGAAAUACUACUUCAGUAUCCCACUCUUGUGUAUAGUCGGUGUGAUUUUGGUGGUCUUAGACUGGUGGUGGACAGAUGUGAAUCAGAUCAAGGGAGAGAUUUCAAAGGCUCAGUCUGACAUGAAACUUCUGUCACCAGAAAAAUACAAGUCCUUGUUUAUCUACAAUGGAAUUUGGUUAGCUCCAAAGAAUCGGUGCGAGUGCGCCAAAGCCGACCAUGUGCACGUCUACCAGAUGGAAGAUUAUAUCGAUAAGAAAGACCUUGCCUCAAUUAAAGAGAGGCGACAGAAGGAGUUUGAGCACUAUCAGAAAAGAUACCCUUCGAUGACUCAAGACAUAGUAAUUGCCAAACCAAACAUGCCAUUAAGCUAUCCUAUUCAAGGAGUAGAGGUGAUGCCGCUACACACAAUUAUGAUUCCAGGGCUUGGUUUGCGUGGAGUGACUGAAGAAAAGUACCAGCACUUAACGCAGGUGAUCCUGCGAGCAUCUCUGGGAACCCUCAAUACGCUUGCUGAUGUCUCUGAUGAUGUUGUGAGAGGACGGGGCAAGAAAGAGCUGCUCAUCUUGACCUCAGAUGUGGAGCUGCUGAAUUUCAUCCUUAGGCAUGUCACAUACACCAGUGUGGUCUACCAGCUCUCUGCAGUAGAUAUGAUGAGUUUCAAGAGCAAAGAUCAUGUCGCUCAGUUUCCUGUGAUCAUCCGACAGCCCAGCCUUCCAAAGCUAAUUGAUCCUGGAGCAGAUAGGAAGAUCAGCUCCCUGGUGACUAUCACAACGAAGACUUUCUUGCGCUAUCACAAACUUCGGUUCCUCAUCAAGAGCAUCCGACAGUACUACCCUGACAUAAAAAUCAUCGUUGCCGAUGACAGCGAAGUCCCGGAGAAGAUCAUCGAAGAGAACAUUGAGCAUUACAUCAUGCCUUUUGGAAAGGGUUGGUUUGCAGGAAGGAAUCUUGCAAUAUCUCAGGUCACAACCAAGUACUAUCUCUGGGUCGACGAUGACUACUUAUUCACCGAAAACACCAAAAUUGAGAAGCUAUUGGACGUGCUGGAGAGAACAAACUUGGAUAUGGUUGGAGGCAGCGUGAAGGGGGACACCUACAGUUUUCAGCUGCUGUAUGAGCAGAGUGACGACGGUGACUGUCUGCAUUUGAGAUACGGCUCCUUCCACAAGUUGGACGGGUUCCCCAACUGCGUGGUCACCAGUGGCGUGGUCAACUUCUACCUGGCCCAUACAGACAAAAGCAGACACGUCAGCUAUGACCCUCUUCUGCAAAGAGUAGCUCACUCAGAAUUUUUCGUGGAUGGUCUGGGCAUCUUGCUUGUCGGUUCCUGCAGUGAUGUUUCUGUCGGUCACCAAAACCAUAAUCCUGCAUCUGAUCCCAACCUGGCUAAGAUAGAAGACCAAUAUAAAACAUUCCGGGACAACACUGAUGCACAAGUCCAAUUUAAGCUAGCUUUGCACUACUUCAAAAACCGACUGAAAUGCUACUCAACAAGAUAACCCUUUUACCCUGCUCUGUGCAAUUUCUACGUUAACCUCCCUGAUACCCAUGGCAGGCGUACGCUCUGGGCUUCAGUCUAAUUGCCUUAUUUGUGCCACACUGGAUGCCUUCCUUUUUGCACCUACCUUUCUAUAAAAACUUUUUAAUGGGCUGAAUUUGGGAUCUGGAAUCUCUUGGCCCAAACUUGAAAUGGACAACGCAGUCAUAUGUAUUAUCUGCAUUCUGGUCCUGCUACAGGCCUUGCGAUGGUGUCUUCUUCAUUGCAAAGCUUCUCUGAUCAUUGAGUGAGGCAGUUUUUGCUAAUACUGAGCCAGAUUCAUCAUUGCCUGCACUGUGUCCUUUCCAGCCAGUGCAGACUGAAGCGGGGCAGAGUGGAAUUCCUACUGGUUUGAUCUGGUAGCACUCCAGAUCCUCCCUGCAUUUGAAUGGAUUAUCAGGGAUGCACAGACUGUCUGACUUCCUUCUUGGAGGCGUACUGUAAUUCCUCGCUUAACGUUGUAAUUAUGUUCCUGAAAAAUGUGACUUUAAGCGAAACGAUGUUAAGCAAAUCCAAU